CUCCCUCCGCCUCGACCCCGCCUGGCUCCCGUGGCGUCCCGCCGAGGGAUGACGCGUUGUCCCCUCGCCAAGAAAUCACGUGGUUGGUGCGCAUCGUCAUUGAGGGUGGCAGAUACGACGUGUGCCCGAAGAUGGACAAGUUGAAGGCGAUUCUGGCCGAGAUCCUGCAGUCCGGGAUAAACAAAUCGGUAUCGGACGAGCAAAUUAUCCUCCAUGAAAAUCCGUGCCAGGAAUCGUCGGAUUCGACUCCGUCGUCCUCGUCGGCGGAUAUGACGUCGAUACUAGUUUACGUGGUGGAUAAAAAGGGAAAGUUCGACACGAAUAUGACCAAAAUUUUGCCCAGCUUGUACGAGGAGUCGCGUGAUCGAAUCACGUUCCCGAUUAAAGAAACGAUUCCGGAUUCCGGAAACGCAGUGGCGGCCAUCGUGGUCUCCUCAGUUGCCUUGAUUUGCCUGGUUCUUUUGGCCGGUCUUCUGUUCGUUAUGAGGAAAAGGCAAACGAGGUUUAACUAUGGCGAACGAUGUCGACCAGUGUCUUUGGACGCUUACAGCCUUGACAGUGUUUCCGCGUACAACAGCGUCAGACGCAAAGGAGUGGCGAGGUCUUCGAAAAGAAGCUAUGGGAAUCCGACUUUCGAAGAUUCGAGCGCAAUACCAUCUCACCCGUUGAAUUUCGCCGGACUUUCAUCUUUCUGUAACGACAUUAACGCAAUCAACGAGGAAUUCGCCGGUAUCCCGCAAGUUUCGGCGAAGAUUGACGAGCUACCCGCUGGAGCGGAAGUGAAGAACAGAUACGCGAACGUGAUACCGCUUCCGGAGACAAGGGUGCUCCUUCAAAAAAUCAACAACGAUCCUCUUACCGAGUACAUCAACGCCAGUUACGUUCGGGGACCAAAGAACGCGACAAAAUAUUAUAUCGCUUGCCAAGCACCAAUGGAGUCGACUGUCACCGACUUUUGGAGGAUGAUAUGGGAACAGCAGAGCAAAGUGAUUAUCAUGCUUACCGAUCUCGUUGAAAAUGGGGUGGAAAAGUGUACGGAGUACAUUCCGCCCUCGGAAAUCACGGAUUGCCGUCGGUUAUACGGCGAUUUUCAAGUUACUCUGAAGAAGAGGGAAACCAAAGAAAAAUAUGCCAUUUCCACGCUUCAUUUGAACAAUUUGGAGAAGAACACGUUCCGAGAGGUAUACCACAUUUGGUAUUUGUGGCCCGUGAACGGAGUGCAAUCGGACGGUGCCGGGUUGAUAGCCGUGCUACUCGAGGCGAGGGCACUUCAAAGGGGUGGCCCUGGACCCAUUGUAGUCCACUGUAGUCCCGGCACUGGACGCACGGGAACGUUAAUAGCUCUUGACCUAGGAAUUAGACAAUAUGAGAUUACGAGGACUGUGGACGUGCCAAGGGUCGUUUACACUAUCAGACGGGAUCGUGCUGGGGCUGUCAAGACGAAAGAACAAUACGCUUUCAUUUACAAGGCAUUAAAUUUAUACGCGACCAAACUUGCCGGCGGUGUAUUGGAAUCUACGUGAACCACUCGAGAAGAAAUUACCAUUCGUUCGAAUCGUAAUAGAGAUGUAAGUCAUGGCAGAGAACUGCUAUAUCCGUGAACGAUAAAUAUCAUUGAAGACGAUGGAAAAAUCGCGAGAUUAUAAGAAUGAAUGAAGUUCCAGUUUUACCUGAACGGGAAGAUAUGGUAAAUUGAACGAAGGAAAUUGACUUGUGAUACGUGGACCAUAGCGAAGAUCGUGUUUCGCUUUAGAUUUUUGCUUAGUCCUUUCGACGUAAGACGAUUUCACCCUAGUAAAUUUAAAAAAACACUCUUUACCAUCUGUUUGUCUAUUCUUCUCGGUUGAUAAUACAGUAUUUUCUUUUUUUUUUAAAGUAUCGUCGUUGAAUAAAAUAAAAUUUU